GAUUCACAAAGGCCAAUCAACAAAUAUCUCUUUAUUUUUUUCUCUCUGUUUCUCACUGUGUUUUAUUUUUUUGUAGGUUUCAUUUCACUUAAGCCCAUCUUUUUUCUGAGGGGCCGCUCCUUAACUAAGUACUCUAUUCAAAAUCCUUAAUAUUUUCGAAUCUCUCGAUGUUUCUUGAUCUGGGUAUCAACUUCAAGUGUGUUAGAUCAUUAAUUUAGUAUUUUAAAGUCUUUAGUUUUGUUCAUUAGUAAGAAAGAAACCAAAAUACCCAACUGGGUAUUGGUUUUUUUCAAGCUUUGUUUUUCAUUUUUGCUUGCUUGACAGAUUCAAAGUAAUGGGUUUGAAGUUGCAGAGAAGCUGUUAUCAUAAUCAGAAAGAUUCUUUGUUCGUAUGAGUUUUCUAGUCAAGGGAUUUUAAAAUUAUGGGUAGAGGUAGAGGAAAGGCAAAAAAGUUGACGGUCAGCAAUCAUGAUGAUCUUGGAAGUGGAGAGGAAGAAAAGAUUCCGGCGCAGAAGAGAAGGGGAAGGCCUCAAAAACCGCUUAAAGAUGAUAUCGAUGAUGAAGAAGUUGAAAAAAUAGAAGAGGAAGACGGAGAGAAUGGAAAAACAAGCCUUGCAAGCAAAGAAACUAAAAGUCUGAUAAUGACGGAAAAUGGAAAGAAGAGGAAGCGAUAUUCACAGCCGAAGGAGAAAUCCGAGUCCGUAUUAAAGGAAGAAAAUGGUAUUUCUACCAGAUCAAGUACCGACGACUCAACUAAGUCAAAUGGGUUCCGGCACAAUGGAAGCAGGCGGAAAAGCAAACCUCGUCGAGCUGCUGAGGCAGGUGUUGAAUGUAAAUGAGGUUGUGGUCGGCUGCUACGACAGAUGACUUCUUUUGACUUCUCGGACAAAGAACAAAAUACGAAGUGAGGCCUCGCAAAUCUUUAAUUUCAUUUUGUUUUUUGGCUUAUGGAUUUUCAAUUGUUAAAUUCGUUUACAAUUGUAUCAGGAGUUUUGGCACUGAUAUGCAGUACCUGUAAUUUUUGAUAAUAUAAUUAUGUUGUACUCUA